UGCCCCAUCAUUGGUGUCAGUGGGAGGAAUCGUGCCCCAUCAUUGGUGUCAGUGGGAGGAAUCGUGCCCCAUCAUUGGUGUCAGUGGGAGGAAUCGUGCCCCAUCAUUGGUGUCAGUGGGAGGAAUAGUGCCCCACCAUUGGUGUCAGUGGGAAGAAUCGUGCCCCACCAUUGGUGUCAGUGGGAGGAAUCGUGCCCCACCAUUGGUGUCAGUGGGAAGAAUCGUGCCCCAUCAUUGGUGUCAGUGGGAGGAAUAGUGCCCCAUCAUUGGUGUCAGUGGGAGGAAUAGUGCCCCAUCACUGGUGUCAAGGGGAGGCAUAGUGCCCCAUCAUUGGUGUCAGGGGGAGGAAUAGUGCCCCAUCAUUGGUGUCAGUGGGAAGAAU